UAAAAGGGCAUCACACCCUGCACUCGCAAAGCACACAGCCACAAACACUCACAUACUUGAGGACUAUACUAGCUGGCACAUCCAAGUUUAGCUUAUCUACUUUUCACCUUCAAGCUCGAUCCAGAGAAACCAAGAAUGGCGGAGAGGGUGUCGAGGCUGUCGACGGAGAAGGCGGUGGUGAUCUUCACGAGGAGCCAGUGCCCGAUGUGCCACACGGUGUCGAGCCUCUUCGCCGAGCUCGGCGUGUGCGCGGCGGUGCACGAGCUGGACAAGGACCCGCGCGGCCGCGACAUGGAGCGGGAGCUCGCCCGCCGCCUCGGCCGCGCGCCGCCGGUUCCUGCUGUCUUCGUCGGCGGCAACCUCGUCGGUUCCACCGACAAGGUCAUGUCGCUGCACCUCGCCGGCAAGCUCGUGCCCAUGCUGAAGGCCGCCGGCGCCAUAUGGCUCUGAAGUCUGAAUCCUACAUCCAUCGGCGACAGCAACUAUAUAUAUAAAUCUCUCGCUCCGAUCCAGUAUUGUUCAGUUCUCCAAUAUAGUUCCCAAAUCCCAACAAGAAUAUAUGAUAAGUUUUGUUCAGCGGCUAGUGUAACCACUUGCAGGGCUGAUAAGGGUCUGGAAUGACCAGUCCGUGUCUUUGAAUGUACAUGGACAUAUGUAAACCUGACCUUUCCAGGAUUUUCAGAGUGAGAUAUGAUGUGGACUUUGAGUUAA